CAACCCUGGUCCUGCUGCUCUGUCUCUUUCCAGUUGCUGCUGCAAGUUGCACGCCGAAGUUAGCGUCUUUGCACCUGACAUAUCUGCAAAGCUAACUUAACCAUGGCAGGCAAGAGGGCUCUAUUGAUCCUGUCUAAAGGCGCAGAGGAGAUGGAAACUGUGAUUCCUGUGGACAUCAUGCGCAGAGCUGGGAUUGCUGUGACGGUUGCUGGGCUGACGGGCAAAGAGCCAGUCCAGUGCAGCAGAAACGUCGUCAUCUGUCCUGAUGCCAGCCUGGAGGAGGCCAGCACACAGGGUCCGUACGAUGUGGUGGUGCUGCCAGGAGGAAUGCCAGGGGCCCAACAUCUGGCAGAGUCUGCUGCUGUGAAGGAGGUGCUAAAGGAUCAAGAUGGCAGAAAAGGCCUGAUUGCCGCCAUCUGUGCAGGUCCCACUGCUCUUCUGGCUCAUGGCAUCGGGUACGGUAGCACAGUCACUACACAUCCUGGCAUGAAGGACAAGAUGAUGGCUGGAGACCACUAUAAAUAUUCAGAGGCUCGAGUACAGAAGGAUGGACAUUACAUCACCAGCCGUGGGCCAGGAACCAGUUUCGAGUUUGCCCUGACGAUUGUAGAGGAACUUAUGGGGGCUGAGGUUGCAGCUCAAGUCAAGGCUCCUCUUGUUAUGAAAGACUGACUGUAGCCGUGCCCACUUUGAUCCUGCGAGCAACACUGCUCACUAAACAAAUCUUGCACUACUGAGACAGCUAAUCCAAUGUAGCUGGCACAAAGAGUCAAAGUCACUAGUGACAAAUCAUUCUCCCUCGGGGACAUAAGGAUGCUUCUGCUCUGACAGGUUAUUGUCUUAUUUGGUUGGCAGUAAAGGGCACCCAUUGUUGUUUUAACAAUCAAACACAAUAUAGAUCCACAGGAUUUCUAAAUUACAUUACAUUGAUUUUGGUACAUUGUAGUUAUUCCACAAAUUGCUCAUUAUUUUGACAGCUUUUAUUGUUUCACCUGCCAUUAAAACAUUGAUGUGACAAAA